CCCUUCCAUCUCUCUUCCUCCGUCUCUCUCUCUAAAACCCUAUUCCGCUCCUUCCCCAUCCCCCCGCUCUCUCUCUCUCUCUCUCUCUCUCUCUGCACAACUUCAGGAGGAAGACGAAGAAAAAGGAAAUAGCGGAAGCUUGAGCUUCGAUUUGUUCUGGCAUCCAAGCGGCGGUCCACGAUGAGACCAACUCCCUGCGAGCUCUGCAAAGAAGCCGCCUCCGUCUACUGCCCCUCCGACUCCGCCUUCCUCUGCAGCGGCUGCGACGCCCGGGUGCACCAGGCCAACUUCCUCGUCGCCCGCCACGUCCGCCUCCCCCUCUGCUCCGGCUGCGGCUCCCUCUCCGACCACCGCUUCUCCGGCGCCGGCGCCGGCCUCGGCCCUCGCCGCUCCGCUCUCUGUCUCUCCUGCUCCGACCAUCUCUCCGUGGACGCCGGCUCUCUCUCCCCUUCGUCGUCCUCCUCGGCUUGUAUCUCCAGCACCGAGUCUUUGGCCAUCGCUCCGAAGGAGGACAAAUGCUCGACUGCGAGUCGGAAGCUCGAGAAGACCAGCCUGUCGAGCUCCCUGACGGGCGCGUCCGGCGAGGGUUCCGAUUCUCCGGCGAGGUUCGACGGCGCGACCGCAUUCUCCAGCGAGGUCAGCUCGGGGAAGAGAAACGACAGGACCAACGAUCGGAGAGCUAGGACCGCGAGAUUCCGAGAGACGACGCGCGUAGAUCCCAAGGCGGAGGGCGUUUUUGCGAUCUGGUGCAGGAAAUUGGAGCUGAGCGGUGGCGAGGCGGUCGCCAUCGCUUCUCGUGCCCUACGCGUGAGCGGGGCGACGCCAACGGCUUUGGCCCCGAGAGUCGCCAUGGCGGCGUCGUUCUGGGUGGCGAUGAGGUCGGGCAAGGGCAGGGGGAUGUCGACGUGGCAGGAUCUGAAGAGGGUGGAGGGCGCAUCGGGGGUGCCGGCGAAGCUGAUACUGGCGGGCGCGGGGAAGCUCGUCCGCGGGGCUCGGGUCGAGAAAGCGCGGCGGGAGGAGCGACUGGAAGAAGGCUGGGCCGAGUGCACGGCCUGAGACCGAGCCGUACGUU